UACUUUCUUAUUGAUAGAUUGAUCCGACUUUUGUUGACUCUACCGGUAUCGACAACAACAACAGAAAGGGCUUUUUCAGCAAUGAAAAUUAUAAAAACAAGGCUUCGCAAUAAAAUGGAGGAUGAGUAUCUUGCAGACAACCUUGUUGUUUAUAUUGAAAGAGAAAUUGCUAAAACUUUUGACUCAAAAGCCGUGAUUGAGAAAUUUAUCUCGUUGAAGGAGCGUCGAGCACAAUUCUAAGUUGAUGUUGCUUAUCUUGGGACUCACAAAUUCUUUGUCAGUGGCUCUUCAAAAGAAAGAUCAAGACAUAUUGAAUGCUGUUUCACUUGUGAAAACAACAAAGCAACAAUUGCUUAAGGUAAGAGCUGAUGGAUGGGAUUCACAUUUGAGGAAGAUCUUAGAAUUUUGUGAGAAGCAUGAAAUUUCUGUGCUUAAUAUGGAUGAGGACUUUGUUAACCCAAGGAGGCCACGUCAAAGAACUAAUAUCACUAAUCGGCAUCAUUAUGAGUAUGAAUGUUUUAAUACCAUAAUGGAUUUGCAAAUUAGUGAAUUUGAUGACCGUUUCAAUGAGGUAAAUUCUGAGCUACUUCUUUGCAUGGCCUCUUUGAGUCCGAUUGAUUCCUUCCGUGAGUUUGAUGCUUCAAAGUUGUUGAGAUUGGCUGAAUUUUAUUCAAGUGACUUCAGUUAUGUGGAACGCAACACUCUUGAGCAUCAAGUCAGUAUUUACAUUGACAAUGUGUUAGCGGAUGAAAGGUUUGCUAGAUUGAAAAGUCUUGGUGAUCUUGCUCGAGUGAUGGUGGAUACAAGGAAACAUCUUUCACAUCCUUUGGUGUAUAAGCUUUUAAAGUUAGCAUUGACUUUGCCAGUUGCCACAGCAACCGUAGAGAGAUGCUUUUCCGCUAUGAAAAUAGUGAAGACUAAUUUGCGCAAUAGAAUUGGCGGUAGGUAUUUGAGUGAUUGUCU